AUGAGAACAGUUCCUUCGGAUACGGUUACAACUCCCGCCACAGUCCCAACCACAGUCACAAUCCCAAGCACAGCCACAGUUCCAAGCACAGCCACAGUUCCAAGCACAGUCACAAGCAGUGUAAGCUUUUCUAAAGUUUCGUCAUCAUUUUAUUCUUGACAGUUGCAAAUACCAUACGAGUUUUUUCUCUCUCCAUCUCUCUUUGUCAUUACACUAUACAGCGAUUCUCAGACUGUUCUCGCCACACACGAUGAAAAUAAGUCAAUUUAAGAUGAGAAGUGAGAUGACGAAAAAACUAUCGGUGACAUUAAUUUUUUUUUACAUAUGGAGUAGCGAAAAUGGGUGAACAUUUUUUUUUUAAUUUUUCGUUCACAACUUUGUUAAAACUAUGGUUUUGACCUGAAAUCUUGAAGAAGAAAAUCGAAGAAAUUUGGAAGAAGAUCUCAAUGAGCGCAUCUAUUUUAAACAUCUUUUUCUGUCUGAUCAUUUUCGAUGCAUGAUCGGAAAAUAAUUUACCGUGUCAUGCCCACUUUAACAUCCGAAUGACUACUCUGGAGCGCCGUGGCUUGACUAUGCGUUCCCUACAGGUUGCAUAGAAUAAUUUCCAGGAAGAAAAAGAGUUUUCGAAAAAUAAAGACUAAAUGACAUAUAUAAAGUUUCUGUUCUUCGUUCCUGAAAUGAAUGCCACCUUUAUUUUUGGAAAAGAAUUAGUGAUAUACUGAAAAAAAAAUUUUUUUCAGUGAUGUAAUGAACAUUUCGGGUGAGGCAAUUUUUUUAGACCAAAAACAGAAAUCAAAUUUUUUCUGCAGAUGACUGAGUCGACAACAACUUCGAUGGAAGUUACAUCAACUACUACAAUGACUACUACUACCACUAGCGGUAAAAUUAGAAACUAUUUAUAACUUCGUGAAAAAUUCGAAAUGAGUCAAUUUUUCAGGAUGUCCCUGCACCACGGAUUCGUUGAAAAUAGAUCCAAACAUGCCAGACGAAUACCGGCCGGUUAUUAGGUGAUUAAUUAUUUUUUUUCUCUAAUAUUAUAAUUAUUAACGAGUCUAGAAGUGUUUUAUUUCAAGAAUAGUUUCAUUCUCGUUGAAAGCAAGGUCUUACUAUCCUUCGUCUAGUUCUUUUGUGCCUUGUUUAUCCAGUUACGUCUCGACAAGCUAAGAAGGUAGCGGAUGUUGUAGCUGGAGCCUUUUGAAAACUUAACACGGAAUUUUUUGUUAUUUCAGUGGAAACUCUUGCUCGGCAACAUUUACCUGUACUUCUCCCACUCAAAGCUGCACGGCAGUGUUUGUGAGUCAUUUUUUUUUAUUUUUGAAUACUAAAAUUUUUUUUUAAAAACUAUAAUUUGAGAUUGACAAGAGCAUUUGUCAGUGGGAAAAAUUUUUUAUUUAUAUUGCAUUCGAAAUCGGCAGGUCACCUGAGAAAAAAUCAAAUCCAAAGAAUGAAAAUUUUUUUUAUCAAGCAUUUGAAUAAACGCACAAAGUCAAUUUUGGAACUUUCAGAUCUACGUUACCAUUCCCCCUCCAGAGCCAGAAACCUUCAGAGACGCCCCCUUAGUGUCAACAAUCAAUGUGAUGUGCAACACUGACGGCAUUUGGUUUUUUGAUAGUCUAGGAAAUCCUUUCACCCAGUAAGUUUCAAGAUAAACUUUUCUGUAAAUUAUAGUAGUCGUGAUAAAAAUUCGUAAACUUUUUAUAAGUUCUUCUGAGGAAAUUAUCUUUGAUGACAACAGAAAAAAAUUAAAUUUGAAAGAGACGAAGAAAAAAAAAACGAUUAUCCGAAAAAAGGCAAAGCGUGUUGUCCAUAGAGCAACUUCUCUGCAAAACGUCCUUUUGGCGGGAACUCAAACUUUUUUCUCUGCGACUUUGAAUUAUUUUUUUCUCUAAAUUUAGGGAAUUCUUUACGUUUCCAAGUAUGCCGUUCGACAGGCAAGACAGAGCUCUACAAGUUAGCAUAUUUGUCUCCAAUAUCAGUUUUACUGCCAAUAUGUCUUUAAAAAAUUUCAUUUUGUUUGCAUCGAACGUUUCGCAUUUUUUUAGACAUAAUCGGACUAAAUAAUGCAGUUUUCAUUUACUUUGAAAAAGAUCUUCAAAAAAAGCUUCAUGCAAUCUGCACAAUGCUUUCCCAAAAAAACUGAAAAAUAUUUCUGGUGUACUUUCAACCGAACGCGCUCUUUCUGAAUCGGUUAAUUAUCCGUCCUAGUUGGAUAUUUCCAACGGAAUCCUAGAAAAAUUCUAAAUAUUCUUAUUUGGAAUUCAAAUAAAUUUUCAAGAUUUUUGAUGAAGAACUGUAAAUGAUUAGGAAAUGAAAAAAAACACUGACAAAAGAAAAUUGAAAAAAAUUCAGCGCGGAAUAAUUUCAACACCAAGAAAUUCACAAAGGUUUCAUAUUGCUUUUGCGAUAAACUUUAGCUCAUUAAAAACAGAAAAGUUAGUUUUUUUGCUGUAGUUUUUUUCAGCUUGAGAGGGAUUCAUGAAAUCAUUCCGUAUCUAAUUCUAAUAUUUACUAGAAAAUUAAAGUACUCACUUAUAGACUUGGGCUCUCGAAAAAAGCUCUCGAGCUCUCGAAAAAAAAAGAGAUUAUCUGCUUUACCAGACAGGCUUCUGAGAAAAAGUUUCUCGAAGAAAUCCGGGGAGAGUCCUGUACGCGCCUGGACUUUCCUCUCUCCAUCUCCGAGGUGGCAUGGCGUAGUGGCUAAAAGGCCAGUCUCAUGAUUGAUCUUUUUGAAUCGCUACCGAAGGCAAAUCUUCUUUUGCAUUUUUUUUUUUUGAAGACAAGGAACUCUUUAAAAGUCAUAAAGUUGAAGUCAAAGCGCAAAGCCGCGUCUUAAAAAUAAAAUUAUCUCUAAUUAUUUUAUGAAAACUUCACAGCGGAGAGUAAAAAAAUGACCCCAUUUGUCUUUGUACGCUUUUAUAACUAUAUUUUGCAGAUUCAACGCCCUUUCCUGCCUUGA